UGUGAACCACAAUUGUACAUUCUUGUGUCUCGGAUCUGUUGACCUCUGGACAAUAGUGUCAGGACCUAGAAAGAUCACUGGGAGCGGGAUUUCCUGACAUCCUUCGGGUCGUGCUUGAUUCCCAUCCACCUUCCAAUACUUACCAUAGUUGGAGACUCGAACCUCAUUCUUCCGAAUACGGCCAUAGACCCCACCUGAAGCCCGAACAUGGAACCGCAACCUAUUAACGUCGCCAUUAUUGGCGCCGGCAUAGCUGGUCUAGCCUUUGCCAUCGGCCUCUCAAAAUACCCCCACAUCACCUUCAUCGUCUACGAAUCCCGUCCCUCCUACGCUGAGAUCGGAGCUGGCAUAGGGUUUUCAACAAACGGCCACAAAGCCAUGUCGCUCAUCUCUCCGAAGCUAUGGGAGAACUAUCAAUCCCACGCCUCAUUCAAUGGAAGUCCUGAGAAAAGAGGCAUUGGAUUUAACUAUGAGGUCGGCGAAAAGGGACUGCUGGAGGGAAAGAGGAUUAUAGAGACGGUGAUGCCAGAGGGGUAUAUGCAGAGUACUUGUCACCGAAAACAUCUUUUGAGUGUGCUUGUUGAGACGUUGCCGGAUAAGGGGGAGAAAUGUACGGUAUUUAACAAGAAGCUGGUAGAGGUUGACGACACGGGCAAGAAAUUGGUCUGUGUUUUUGCGGAUGGUGAGAAAAUCAAGGCCGAUUUAGUUGUUGGCUGCGAUGGAAUCAAAAGUGCAUGUAGACAGUUUGUAUUUGGCAAAGACAGUGAAAUUGGCAAGGCGCAAUUCACUGGGAAAGUGGCGUAUAGAGGUUUGGUCCCUAUGGAGAAGGCAAUUGCAGCGGUUGGAGAAGACAGAGCAAGAAAUCGUCAAAUGUACUUCGGCCAUCAUAGGCAUAUGUUGACAUUUGGGGUGGCCAAAGGGACUAUGAUGAAUGUCGUUGCAUUCCACAGUACGGGAUCUGAUGCCUGGGAAUACUCCUCCCUGGUGCAGCCAAGAACGAUAGAAGACUUUCUGAGAGAUUUUGUUGGUUGGGGAGAUGCUGUGACCAAUAUCAUUUCUAGCAUCGAAAACCCGGAAGUAUGGGCCAUUUUCGACCACCCAAGAGUAGAUACCUUCCACAAAGGUAGAAUCGUGCUUCUUGGAGAUGCUGCUCAUACAACGAGUCCGCAUUACGGUAUGGGAGGUGGAAUGUCGGUCGAAGAUGCAUCCAUCUUGAGCAGUCUGCUCGGAAGCUGCACUUCCGUAAAUGAUGUUGCACCAAUGCUCAAAGUGUACGACUCUAUAAGGGUAGAUCGAUGCUGCGAUAUCGUGGCUGCAAGCAGAGAACAGGGCCGCCUAUGUGAUUUCGAGGCUGAUUGGGUUGGGGACGAUCUUGAGAAAAUCUCUGAGCAGUUGGACAGCGAGUUAAGAAGAUGGAUGUGGGAUUAUGAUCCUGAAGUAGCUUACAAGAAGGCGCUGGAAGAGUUUGAACGAGAAAAGGGAACAGUAGAAUAGAACACUCAUCAUGGGCAUGUUCAAUUGGAGGAACUAUUGGCUUCGAAAUUGCGGAGCAGUGAUCUAUUUUCCAGCACAAUAUUGCCCGAAAAUGCAUUGCUCGAAAGGAACACUAGCAUUGAUGAUAGCCUCAAACACACUCUUAGCAAUCGUAGCUGGCAACGGUGGCGUUGUACUAUUCGCAGC